AUGAACGCAAUCAAAUCACGAACAGAAGACCAUUUUCAUCAAUUGUCCACAAUACGAUCUCCCACAAGAGACAUUGACCCACAACACAAUGCUGGUGAUGUUGAAUUGUUAGCUCAAAUUGGGUACAAGCAAGAAUUGAAUCGUCAUUACAGUACUUUGCAAGUUUUUGGUAUUGCUUUCUCCAUCAUGGGUUUGUUACCUAGUAUAGCGUCAGUUUUGACUACAGGGUUGGAAUCUGGUCCAGCUGGUUUGGUAUGGGGUUGGUUUUUGUCUUCAAUCUUUAUCCUUUGCAUUGGUAUAAGUCUUGCAUUUCUUGGAAGUGCCAUCCCCACCUCUGGAGGGUUAUACUACUACACGAAUUAUUAUUGCCCUGAUGCGUUUAGAGUGCCAUUGAGUUUUAUGAUUGGCUGUUCCAACUCGUUGGGCUUAAUUGGUGGAUUGUGUAGUAUCAGUUAUGGUUUUGCCGUUCAAGUGUUAUCUGCUGUCUAUAUCCAGCAGGAUGGGGCAUUUGAGAUUACCAAUGCAAAGUGUUAUGGAAUUUUUGUUGCAUGUGUUGUGUCCAAUGCUAUUAUAUGUUGUUUAGCCACAAAACAAGCUGCGUUAUUACAGACAAUCUCCAUUAUUGUGAAUGUGUUUUUGGUGUUGUUAUUUUUAAUUGCAGUUCCAGCAGGUAAGGGUGGUGAUUUUAACUCACGCAGUUUUAUCUUUAGCAAUUUUGAGAAUUCUAGAGAUUAUGGUACAGUGUGGUCUUUCGCAUUGAGUUGGAUGCCAGCUAUCUGGACUAUUGGCGCAUUUGACUCCACGAUCCAUUGCAGUGAAGAAGCAAAAAAUGCCCAGAGAGCUAUACCUGUUGGUAUUAUUGGUUCUAUUAGUGCUUGUUGGAUUCUAGGAUGGGCCAUUUGUAUUGUUUGUGCUGCUUGCAUCAAAGACGGUGAUGUUUCUAGAGUUCUUGAAUCCGACACUGGAUCUGCCAUGGCGCAAAUUAUUUAUGAUGCACUUGGUAAGAAAUGGGCAGUUGCAUUUAUGUCGCUUAUUGCCGUAGGUCAGUAUUUGAUGUCUGUGUCAAUUAUGAUAGCCCUUUCUAGACAAAUUUGGUCUUUUGCAAGAGAUGAUGGUUUGCCGGUUGUUUAUAAUUUUGUUAAAUACGUUAAUCCCAAGAUUAAAGUACCCAUAAGAGCUACAAUGUUUGCAGCUGCUUUAGGAAUAUUAUUAGGAUUAUUGGUUUUGAUCAAUGGAACAGCAGGAUCUGGUGCACUUUUCAGUCUUGCUGUUGCUAGUAACGUUCUUUCAUGGGGACUUCCUGUGUUGCUCAUUCUUUUACCUUAUGGGAGAAAAAGGUUUAUUCCUGGACCAUUCUAUUUUGGAUCUACCAUAAGUACCCUCAUCAAUAUUGUCAGUGUUGGUUGGACAGGAUACGUUAUUGUUUUGUGCAUGUUCCCUGAUUCCAUUACCGUUGACAAGAACUCCAUGAAUUACACGGUAGUCAUUAAUGUUGGUGUUUGGUUAUUGGCGUUGAUUUAUUAUUUCGUUUGGGGCUACAGAUUCUACACAGGUCCUAAAUCCAACCUUGAAGAAGAUUUUGUAGAAGGUGUCAGCACCGGCAAUGUCGAUGAAGUCUUGAACGAAAAAGUCUAG